AAUGAAAUAAUUUUUUUGAUAAACUUUUUUUUAAAAAAAACUUUUUCAACCAUCUCCAAAGAUGGAAAAGAUUUUUUGGGUCAUUUCUUUCUACCAUUUCUCUUUUUUGUCUUCCUACAGCUGGGUAAUAAGCUUAUGCUACUAGGCUCGAAAAUGAGCUGUGCUAAUAAUUAAUAUUUGUGUUCGUUUGCUGAAGCCUCAAUUUCCCAGUACAUUUUAUGGCAAAAAUCUUGCGUCAUAGCAUCAUACUCAUAAAUUAGCUAAUUCAUAACAUAUUCCUCCCUUCCAAGGUUAGCUGUCACAGUCUAACAUGUUGAGGAACUGAUGGAGUAGAAAAAUAGUGUGAUUUGUUAAUAUGAACUGGCAUAGUGUGUGCCAAAUCUUGCAGUUAAACUUAGUGCUAAUUUUAAUUUUAUCUGCUGAGAGGAAAUUGUUACUAAUUGCCAAGUAAAAUUAUAAUAAGACCAGCAAGAUUAACAUAAAUAAUGACUUUUUCCUUCAAGGAAGGAAUUAAAAGCAAAAAAAAAAAAAAAAAAAUCAUUGUUGAUACCUUAGUAUUUUCUGGGAUUGAUGUCUCCAUUGCCGAGAAAUUGAGAAGAUAGACAUGUACUCAACUUCUGGUUACUUAGUCAAAGCAGGCUUAUAUUUGAUGAUAGGAGAGAUGUAUUUAACUUUUUUGAAUGGUCUUGUAGUAACAAUUUAACAUAAAAGAAGCUAAAAUUGCAAAAGGAUUACAUAUCUGAGUGCUAGAAACUAACUGUCGCUCAUAUGUCAUGUCAAUCAUAAAUUUACUGUUGGGUUAGAUUUGUACUCCUCAGCCUCUGUCCUCUUACUUGGGUACAUUUGGACAAAGGCAGUGGGGAGGAGGGAGUUGAAAACUGCAUUUUGGCCUCCAAUGGUGGGGGUAUGAGAACAACCGCUAGUCUAAAACUAUGGCUUUUCAAGCCCUUAUUUGACAACCAACCAUACUACAGAGUUUGGACCUUUUUCAUUUAAGACAAAAGUGGUUGGAACUCCCAACUACAUGUGUCCUGAACUGCUUGCAGAUAUUCCUUAUGGUUUCAAGUCUGAUAUCUGGUCUCUGGGGUGCUGUAUGUAUGAGAUGGCUGCUCGUCGCCCUGCUUUUAAAGCUUUUGACAUGGCAGGGUUGAUAAGCAAGAUAAAUCGUUCCUCUAUCGGCCCUUUGCCUUCUUGCUACUCUCCAUCCUUGAAAACACUUAUCAAGGGUAUGCUACGCAAGAAUCCAGAGCAUCGACCCAGUGCAUCAGAGCUUUUGAAGCACCCUUAUUUGCAGCCAUAUGUUGAUCAGUAUCAUCCAUCCUUCAGCCGCCCUUCAAUGAGUUGCUCCCCGGAUAAGCAUAUUUCCACUGGUUGUGAUAGUAGGAAAAACAUGGCUGAGAGUCAGAAUAGUAAUAGCUCAUGUAGUGAUAAAGAUAGUUUGCUUUCAAGUGACAGGAACACGGCCACAAUGGUUUCAAAUGGCAAUAGUAAGGCCACUGACACGGAUUCAAUUUCUAAUGAUGAUGAAGAUGGCACUGAGAAGCACCCGCCAAAUGAAGAAGGGAAUGCCCCCAUUACUUUCACUGGCAAAGUUGAUGAAAAAGGAAUGAUGAGACCUUCUUAUGCGGAAAACGGAUCUAAUGUUCAAUCAAAGCAGCCAAAAAUCAUCAAAAGUAUAGUGAUGGCUUUGAAAGAAGGGAAAGUAAGAGAAAAUGGUUCCCCAAUGGGAGGCAACCGUACAAAAGCUGUAGGUGGAUUGACUCAAAGAAAUAAUAUAGAGGCAUCAUCCAAAGUUCUCAACCCACCUGCUCCCACAUUGGGUUCAAAGUCUAAUGCAGACACGGCAACUGUUGCUUCAGCAAAAUUACCAUUAGAUUCUGCAAAAAGGCUACCAGGAUCACACCAUUUGAAGCACCAGUUACCUUUAAUUGAAUCCUCCCCAAAGACUAAACCUAGACAUGAAGGGAUUCCUCCACCUGCACCUAAUAAGCAUGUUGCUGAAGAUGGACUAACUUCUAAGCUAAGGCAAAGAACUCGUUCCAAUGUUGCAAGAAGAUCAUCUGUUGCAGGAAGAAUGAAGCAUGCUGGAACUGAUAUUUCAAAUGGGACAAGUAACAUACCAAAGUUAGGAUCUACAGAGAUAAACCAGGAGCGUGAGGCUAUUCCUCGUCCACUGCCCAAUGGUUGCCUUACAAAUGCUUUUAGGGAGGUAAAACAAGAGGCUGAGAUAGCUCUAACUGGAGCUACCAAGGGGGUGCAAACAGAUGGCAGCAAUUCUGUCUCAUCUUCAAUCUCGAUUCAAGCAUUUGAGAUUUGUGAUGUUGCAACAACCCCUUUUGUUGACAUGGCAGAACAGACUCAUAAUCAUGAGAUGCUUGCUCACACCAAGAGCUUGGAAUUGUAUCCUCCAUACAGCUCACCUGCUCUGAAAUCAGAGAUGCCUGAGGUUCUGUUGAGAGAAAACCACGGGUGUGAUCAUAAAUCUGGCAUGUGUUCAACUGAAGAAUCUGGUCCAACCCAGGAUCUUUUGCAUUUCACUUCAGUUGAUGCAAAAGUGAGUCCGGUUGCCCCUUUGGAUCUUCCAGUCCUGAUUUCUGAAGAAAUAUCUGUUCAUAAAUAUGAUACCACUGUAAGCAGGACAAUUAGUGGGGAUGAUGCUCCUUUAAGCCCGACAAGUAGUAGGGAUGAUGCUCCUUUAAGCAGGACAAGUAGUCCGGAUGAUGCCUCUAUAAGCGGCCCAAGUACUAGGGAUGAUGCCCCUAUAAACAGCCCAAGUAGUAGGGAUGAUACCCCUAUAAGCAGGCCAAGUAGCAGUGAUGAUGCCGGUAUUAGCUGGUCAAGUAGCAGGGAUGAUGCCCCUAUAAGCAGGUUAAGUAUUGGGGAAAAUGCCCCUAUAAGUGGGCCAACUUCUGGGGAAGAUUUGCCGACUAGCAGGCCAAGUAUUAAGGAUGAAACUGUGGCGAGCAAACCUAGUAGUAGGCCUGAUAUGAUGCUCCAGUCAAAUCUUUCUUCUGCAUCCAGUGGUGAUGACAAGUUCACUGUAAUGGAACUUCUCUCAUCAGUUGCUGAAACUAUGCCUUGCGUUGCCUCACCAAUUUCAUCUAGCCAGAAGAAUUCACAGCCAGAUAAAGGAACAAAGGCAUAUAAACCAACAAUCGAAAAACCAGCUGUGACCUCUUGUCCUCCAGCUUUUGAUGAUGUUAUACAUGUUAUAAGGCACAGUAGCUUCCGUGUUGGCAGUGAGCAGUCAGUGAUGGAAAAAGUAGAAAUGGGUGUUCAAAAUGUGGAUGUUGGGAAACUCAUAAAUGUUGUGAGGGAUGAAUUGGAUAUGAGAAACAUGACUAGUCCAGUGACCUUUAAGUCAUCAAGUUGCUGUGAAGCUUUAAGUUCAACAUCAAAUGUUUCGGACUAUUCUGGUGUUAUAGAAAUGGAUGUUAGGAAUUCCAUUUCCUCAUCUCCAAAAUAUGAUUCACCGGAGCCCGUGAAUCCCAGCUCUUCUGUGACAGGAGAGGAGACACCAGCAAAGGAAACUUUGGAUGUUAAGUCUUUUAGGCAAAGGGCAGAGGCACUUGAAGGGCUUCUAGAAUUGUCCGCAGAAUUACUGCAGCAGAACAGAUUGGAAGAGCUAUCUGUUGUUUUGAAGCCUUUUGGGAAAGAUAAGGUGUCCCCAAGGGAGACUGCUAUCUGGUUAGCCAAGAGUCUGAAAGGAAUGAUGAUUGAAGACUGUGGACGGAGUUCAUGAAGUAUUAUUUCUUGGGUAAGCUUUCUUUUUUCUUUUCCCUCGUUUUUCACAUCGCUGAUGUAAUUGUUAGCUUCUUCAUUAAUCAUGCUUAUCUCCUUUCAAUUCCAUUUGAAUUUUUAAUAGAACAAGCGGGCCUUGUCUUUGUUACCUCAUUCUGUAAUUCUUUCAAUGCAUUUUGUUAUUGUACAUAGUUGACAAAACGAAUUAAGUAAACUUGUUGUCCAGACAAAAUGUAUGGAUAUGCUAAUAGAACUUGGAGAAUGCAAAUCAAAGUGCAGUUAUGAUUUUUAUUGGUUGCUUGAAUCCACAUGGCACUGCAAUGCACGAUAGAUCUCUGGAUUUCUUUAUCAGACGACGAAGUUGAACUAGUGGGAAAAUGAGGGAAGCUGGAAGGUAAUUGAA